AUGUACGGUGUUCGUUUCGAUAUGUCUGAUAUCACUCUGAUUGCCGACGGUGCACAUCGUCGUGUUGCCCAAAUCAUGCCGGCAUCGCGUAAGGUUCUCUAUGCCGCCGAACUUUCCGCUCAGCCACGUCUGUUGGAACCGAUGUAUCUUGUCGAUAUCCAAGCACCAUCGAGAGUGCUCAAAGGUGUUCACAAGUGUCUGAAUCGUCGUCGUGGUGUCACCAUCUCUGAAGAAGAGAAGCUCGGUAUGAAUGGAGUGUUCUCAAUCCGUGCACAUCUACCAGUCUCGGAAUCGUUUGGAUUCAGUGCCUAUCUCCAAUCUGAAACCAGUGGCUUAGCUUUCCUACAAAUGUCAUUCGAUCACUGGUCGAUGAUGUCUCAAGAUCCACUCGAACCAAAUUCAGUCACCAACAAGAUUGUCCAAGACAUUCGUGUAAGAAAAGGUUUAAGACAAGAGAUUCCACCACUAAACGAAUUUUUAGAUCGUCUCUAA